AUGAUGAUUCCGCCACCUAUACCGUUCCCCUUCCCACAGCCACCAUCGUUUGCCGGCCUUACGGAUGCUGAAGUGGCAGCAAUGGAAGGGCAGGAACGAGUCGCAGUAGAGGCACGUGUGAACUGCUUAAGGAAUAUCGCAGUGCUGUUGGAUGCGGCGACAAUACAACUGCAACAGUACGUGAGUAUUGUGCAGGCGUUGAGGUGCGUAUUCGUUAUUUGUUGUCGAUUGUUUUCUGUUUUGUGUGAAAUUUUGUUUCGCAUUCAAUUUCUGCUUGGAGAAAUUGUGUUGAAUGGAACGGAACUUUCUUCUUAA